UUCAUUUCGUGUAACGUGGUGAUACAGUCAUAAUCAUAAUAUUUAACAAAAUUUUAAAAAUGUGAAGAUUAUAAUUCGACAGUGAUUAAACUGGCAUAUACAAUAUGUACAGAGGAAUAUCAUUUAUUGUAACUUAUUUCUUCUCUACAUUUCUUCUUGAAUCUGAGUGUGCCUGUACUCUUCCGUCACAACUGACCGGAAAUUGGUGGGACAGUAGAACCAAUGGAGUUGUAACUUUUAGUUCAUUGGCAGUUACAAGUGGCUGGCAACUCACAAUAAAUGCUGCUGUAUGGAACACGUUUACCUGUGUUGAAAGUGAUUCUUCUUAUUUAGUAUUUCGAAGUGAUACGCAUAACCAUUUGUUUGGAGUGGAUUAUUAUGCCAUCUAUUGUCUAGAAUAUAGUAGCCUAACAACCAACAGCUACUCAUACUAUGUGCGGUCUAACGUAGAAGAUUUCACUGGUAAGAGAGUAUUCCUAUUAGAUCAAUUACAAGAUUCAAGUUACACCAGUACUGCACAGUAUUGUAAUCAUACGAAUGGCCCAGACACAAGAGAAUAUAAUGUUUUAGUGAAGCAAAAUAUGCAACAAUCUGUUCACCUCCAACAGUAUUUUCCUGAUCCUCUGCUUGGGGUGUUUUCCUACACUGUUAAUGACGGUACCAGUACAUCAUGUGCAGGUACAGACUCAGUCUGGGAUGGAUGCUAUGUUAAUGGAGAUAUAGACAGAACCACUGCUGUUUUAAACUACACGCAGUGUGCAACAUCGGUCAUGGGCUCAACCAGUGGAGUAUUCUACAAUGUGGCAAACGUGACUGAAUCUGGAUCAACAUACUACACCAUUCUGAUCAAUUCUGAUGGAACAGAUCCAAUUUUCACAUGUAUUGCGGUAUCACAAUCUGGAAGUACCCGUUCCAUUAGUACAAAUCCAGGUGGAUGUGCAGCUAAUCAAGUUUCAACAAGUCGAACAUCACAUGCUGACAGUGUACUCAUUGCAUUGACAGAAUAUGGUAUGUUAUUAGAAAUACCAUACUAUGAUUUAUGCAAAAAUGAAAAUCAAUGCAUUUCCAAUUAA